AGAAAUAAGUGUCGAUAGUUUGAUCACCUUCCUAAAGCCUAAAGGUACCGUAAGCGAGAGAACUAACGGAUGCCGUCUGAUUCAGUCGGUUCAACGGUCACCGCUUGAUUUCUGGAUGAUGAGUGCUUCAAUCUCUUCUUCAAUCCUCAGUUGUGUGGUUCACGUUCCUUCUCAAAGCUUUGAUCUAUUACUCGGCAUUUGCACUGGCAAAGGUUAUGGUCGCUUGGCUUUGCUGAGAAAUGGAGUCUUGCUACUGUCUCUCAGUGCGGCCCUCAACAUCGUCUCUUCUCAAUCCUCAGGGAAUUUCUUCAUCAUACACUUUCAAAAGAAACUAUCUCGACUUCCAUCAAAAGGUGCUAGUGCUACCCAUCUGCACUAAACAAUUUCUCCCACAUACUAAUAGAUUGGACCUGUUGCUUCCCAAGCAAACCUUGCCUCUCAAAUACACAAGAAAGCACAAGGGAGUCAUAUUUGCUGCGUCUAAUCGGCAAGCUUGGGAUUUUGGGAGAUUUUUUAGAACUUUGUAUUUUUUUAACGGGCCUCCUAAUCCUGCCAAGUUCAUCGAGUCUCUAAUUGAGAAGCUAUCAAGUUCAGCAUCAACUAAACCAUUGAAAAAAAUGGAAACAUCUGGUACAGUGUUGGUAACUGGGGCCACUGGUGGAGUUGGACGAAGAGUAGUUGACAUAUUAAGGAAUAAAGGCCUUCCUGUUCGUGCGCUGGUUAGGAACAAAGAGAAAGCAAGAUCAAUGCUAGGACCAGAUGUUGACUUGAUUGUUGGGGAUGUCACGAAGACAGAAACACUUUCUCCUGAAUACUUCCAGGGAGUGAGAAAAGUCAUCAAUGCCGUCUCUGUAAUAGUUGGUCCAAAGGAAGGAGAUACUCCUGAUAGAGCAAAAUACAGCCAAGGAAUCAAAUUUUUCGAACCAGAGAUAAAAGGAGAUUCCCCAGAAAAGGUCGAAUUUAUUGGAAUGCAAAAUCUGAUAUAUGCGGUAAAGAAUAGUGUUGGACUGAAGGAUGGAAAAUUGUUAUUUGGGUCCAAAGGAAAUAUCACAGGGAAGCUUGUUUGGGGUGCAUUAGAUGAUGUUGUCAUGGGAGGUGUUAGCGCAAGCGAAUUCCAAGUUGAUCCUAACGGUAAUGAAGAUGGUGGACCAACUGGAUUAUUCAAAGGUGUAGUUUCAACUGCAAACAACGGAGGGUUCACUAGUAUCAGGACUAAGAAUUUGUCGAUGCCCGAAGACCUUUCAGCAUAUGAUGGUAUUGAAAUGAGAGUUAAAGGCGAUGGACACCGUUACAAGCUCAUUUUACGUACCAGUUCUGAUUGGGAUACAGUUGGUUAUACUGCAAGCUUUGACACUAUAAGAGAUCAGUGGCAGACAAUAAAGCUACCAUUUUCUUCAUUUAGGCCUGUAUUUCGUGCUCGGACUGUGGUUGAUGCUGCACCCUUUGAUUCAAGCAAUAUCAUUGCAGUGCAGCUCAUGUACAGCAAGUUUGAGUAUGAUGGUAAACUCAAUCCUACUUUUGAGGAAGGAUCAUUUCAGCUUCCAUUUUCAAGCAUACGAGCGUACAUUAACGAGCCUAUCACUCCAAGGUUCGUACACGUGAGUUCUGCUGGGGUCACACGACCUGACAGACCUGGACUGGAUCUCAGCAAACAGCCGCCUGCUGUGCGCCUGAACAAAGAGUUGGACUUUAUCCUCACAUAUAAACUGAAGGGUGAAGAUUUGAUACGUGAAAGUGGUAUUCCUUACACAAUUGUCAGACCAUGUGCACUAACUGAAGAGCCUGCGGGAGCUGAUCUCAUUUUUGAUCAAGGAGACAAUAUAACGGGUAAGAUCUCAAGAGAGGAGAUUGCACGAAUAUGUAUUGCAGCUCUUGGAAGCCAAUAUGCAUGUGGGAAGACUUUUGAGGUUAAAAGUACUGUGCCAUUUAGCGAACCUUAUGUAAUCGAUCCCGAAAACCCCCCUCCGGACAAGGACUAUGACGAGUACUUCAAGAACUUGAAAGAUGGUAUUACAGGGAAAGAAGCCUUAGAAGGGACCCCAGUGCCAGUUUGAUUAUUAUAACUGCAGUAGAGAAUGGUUUGUCCUAAACUAGUUGCCAUUUCCAAAUUAAUAUAUGCAACUCAACACUCGCAUCCAUACUGUUCUGAUAUCAGUUGCAGGGAUUGAAUGAUAUAAAAAUUCACGGCAUCAUUCUUUUCUAGUGAGGCUUCUGUAAAUUGGCAAUUCUCUCAUCUGACAUUUUAUAAGCGCCACUUUCUUUUCUCUCCUGUAUCUUCCAUCCGUAUGUAAGGAAGAAGCUUAUGAUAAAGUCUUAGAAUAUAGAAAUACUUUGGCAUUUCAAUUCUUACGUAA